CACCCGCACCGCCCUGUGAACCUUAUUCAUCAAACCGCAUCUGUUCACAUCUCCAUCUCACCCACAUCCGCUUCUAUAACUCUGCUAGUCCAGGACAGACGCCGGAAGAUUAAAUACCUCGACAAGUUCUUCCACGUCGCUGGCCGCACCACGUCCGAUCGCACAGGCGCCACUGUACUUAGCGGAGACGUCAGACGCCACACCUCCACCAGCACAGGGCAUCCGACUCCGAAACAGAGGAAGACGUCACUCCUACGAAUCCAAGGCAACUCCACUGUCUACUUCCUCUCCAUCCAUAAAGGCACAGCGUGCACCUUUCCGGUUUCCAUCGAUCACCAUGAUCGACACCCAGCGACGACGGAUCUUGCGUGCGCUGAAUCGGAGAUGGUUAUACGGGCGGGCUCCUCUCCUUCAUACGCUGGUCUUUCUGUUUGAAUUGGCCAUGGCGUCGAUAUUGAUCCGGAAGUUUAACUCAUACUAUGCCGCGCGGCCAGUCCUUACCACGAUGGUCACGAACGCCAUCCUCGGCGGCGUCGCCGACACCGUUGCCCAAUCCCUCACUGCCGUCCGCGAGCGCGCCGUUCGCAAGCCCGGCGGCGUGCAAAGCAGCGACGUGUUCGCGAUCGAGAUCCACGAGCUGGACAAGAAGAGCAUGGACGAGGAGCUGCUGAUCCCGGACAGUCCGCGGCUGCCGCCGCCGUUCGACUUCGAGCGGCUGACGCGGUUCAUGGCGUACGGUUUCCUGAUGGCGCCGGUGCAGCAUCGGUGGUUCGCGUUUUUGUCCAGGACGUUUCCGUUGACGAAGGCGAGUGGGACGGUGCCGGCAUUGAAGCGGGUGGCGUUUGAUCAGUUGAUAUUUGCGCCGGCGGGGUUGGGCAUCUUCUUCACCUACAUGACGGUAGCCGAGGGUGGUGGGAAAAAAGCCGUGUUGAAGAAGUUCCGGGACGUCUACAUGCCCGCGUUGAAAGCGAACUACAUGGUUUGGCCGGCGGUGCAGAUCCUCAAUUUCCGGAUCAUACCGCUUCAGUUUCAGAUUCCUUUUGUAUCAACCAUCGGCAUUGCGUGGACCGCCUACCUUUCCCUGACGAACGCAUCGGAGGACGACCGGAUGUAAAGUGGCCUGGGGGCGGUUCGUCUCAUUUCUUUGAGAACAAAUUGGGUGGAGUUUAUG